AUGAACGAUACCCCGGGCACUGUGCCCACGUCCGCCGCCGCCGCCGCCAAACAGCAUCCCCGCCGCCGUCCCGCCCAUCAGUCCGUCUCCCUUCGACACAGCCCCCCCGCACCAGACAGCCAGUCCAAGGCUGCCGCCGUCCAGCCCAAGCCCACGGCUGCGAGCUCGCCCACCGCCGCGAGUGACAGGGCAAACCCGCCCUCGAGUGUGUCGCCGAAGCUCAAUCAGAACACCGUCAGCUCGGGCGAGAGCAGUGACGCGGGAGCAUGGUUCGAGAGCACCAACAAGCAUGCCAUCCAGCGCACGGCCUCGUUCAAUGCGAAUGACCCUCCCUUCUUCCUGCGCAACGGCUCGUCGUCAGAUACCCCGCCAGAGGCCUCGAACGCCCCGGGCCCGUCAUCGGCUAUCCCCUACCGGCGCAUGCUUGCCCAGCAUGGCACCGAUGGCAGUAGCACUGAGGAUUUUCGCAGCGUCAUCGACGACCUGACGGUGGUGAACAAGCGGCUCAAGCAGAAGCUGAAAAAGUACGAGCGCAUGUACGAUGCCCAUCUGCAGGAGGAGAAGCUGUUUGAAGUCCGAUUUCACGGCCUACCCGACCACAAGAAGAAGGAGCUCGAGGACACGCUGCGCAAGUUUGCUGCCGAGUUGGACGAGGGCGCAUCAGACUAUCCCAACCCCCAAUCGCAUGUCCCCAACCUCGAAACACACAAGACCGCCUCGUCCAUGUCUCGCUUCGCCGAAUCUGGUUAUGCCUCGCUGUCUGCCUCGGGCCAGAAUUCGUCUGCGGCUUCCAAUCUCCUAGAGAAAGACCGGCGCAAGAUCAGCAAGUCUGCCUACAACCGCCAACAACAGAAUAUUCAGUCUUACCUGCACGACAUCCCCGCUGGCCUCCUUCCCCACUACAAUGUACCCAUGACAGACAAGUCCAAGAAGAAGCUUGUAGUGAGGCGUCUGGAGCAGAUCUUUGCCGGUAAGACGUCUGUACCGGGCAACCACCCACAGCCCAUGCAGCAAGAAGAAGUUGCCCAAUCCGCCGCCUCUGCAGACCGGGAACAACUCGAGGCAAAGGGGCAGUCAUCGAAGCCAGAAGGUCAACGUGAGGCUCGCAUCAAGCCUGAAAAGGUGACUCAGCAACCGGAUAUUGCAGGUCCCACCGAAUUCACACCGGCCUUUCUUCCAGUCUUCCAAAUCAGUGAGCAAGAUUCUGCCGGCUCCAGUUCAUCCCCAGAUCAACGACCUACACGCCCACUCGACUUGGACCCUCAUCGGGCCCAGGUGCCCACAGAGAACAUGGACUAUAUUCGUCAUCUUGGCUUCACACCACCGGACAUGGAUACCGGAGAUGCUCCACCGCUUGGGCACGGUUGGAUCUACUUGAAUCUGCUCAUCAACAUGGCUCAAUUGCACACGCUCAACGUCACUCCCGAUUUCGUAAAAGAUGCACUCCACGAAUACAGCAGCCAUCUCGAAAUAUCCCGCGACGGACGCAAGAUCCGCUGGAAAGGAGGGCAAGAUGUUACUGUGCAUAGUGGUGGGAGUUCAUCCGAGUAUUACAGUGGCGCAUCGCCAGACGAGGACAGUGUUGCCCAGACGUCUUCCAAGUAUGUGAAAACGGGCACAAGUGGAGCAAGCAGCGAAAAUGCCAUGGACCCCGAGCAAAGGGCCAGACGGUUAUUGCGACUUCAACGUGAGAAGGAGCACAGCAAGUUUGCGUACAAGCCGCUCUUCUUCCAUAAGGAGGACUCUGAUGACGAAGCGGACUUUGACGCCGAGUCCACGAGCGGUUCAAUGCCGCACCCACAGCUAGCAGGAAACUCGUCGGGUUUUGGCAGUUCGGCGAUGCAAAGCUACUCCUCCCAUCCAAAGCCACGACGCGACGAUGGCCCCAUGAUAUUCUAUACAAAGGCCAAGUUUUGUACCGAUCUCAGUGGCGACCGCCUUGGAUCAACGCUUGCCAACCCCGGUGCCUACAAGGCGAUGACCAGUCAUCCACUAGGUGCGGCGUCCACCCCCCCACCGACAGCGGAUGCGCUCGACAUUACAGAAGCACGAGGACCUUUGGACUCCACUCCUAUGGAGGUCGACUCAGGGUCGGCAGCUGCCGGCUCCAGUAGCGAUGAUCUUGGCUUCUCGCCAGAGUCUUUGAUCCACGAUAGUGGAAACAAUACCCCUGAUAAUGUUGAAUUUGAGGCUUCCGGCUUGGGUGGUGUACAGCCAGAGGAUAACUUCUCCGUUCAUGUACGACGCUCACAGAUUCGGGUUGCCCCUGCAAACUAUCCAGGCCGUCGCAGGUCGAGCCUUUACCCACAGAAAAUCGUGGAUGCUCUGACCAGCUCCAAGUCUUCACAAUCGGAGCCUUCCUCGCCCAUGGCUUGCCCACAACGUGUGAUCAAAGAAGAGAUCCUUUCCGCAGCGAGAAAGUCGCUCCCUAACUCGGCCCUACCGCCCGCCUCUUUCCUUCCCUUUGACUCCACAUCUUCUGGCAACAUGUCCGAUGUCUCUGACGAUGAAUCCUCGGAUGAGCAAGACGUUGAAUCUGAACAGGGCCCAACAACAGCCUUCCAGAUCCUCAACAUUUCUCCCAUAGAUCAAGGCAAUUCGGCAGAAGAUGAUGACGAUGACGAUGAUGACGAUGACGACGACGAGGAAUCGGAAUAUUCUGAAGACAGCGACGAUGGAAGUGUUGACCUCCUUGCUACGGCCCGCCAACUCGAUCCAACGACUAUCCGCGCCUCGGAACGCGAGUAUGACGCUGCGCUCGCAGAACGCCUCGCCGAAGUCAUUCCAGCAGGUAGCUCGGCGGCCACCGCAGGAGGUGGCAGCGGCUUCAACAGUCCGGCACCGAAUCAGGAGGCUACGUCGCUCAGCCAGGAGGGAGGCUCUCUCAAGGCUGGCCGGAGUCCUACGAGUGGUAGUGUGUCGUCGCGGACAAGGCACUUGAAGAGGGCGAGGACGAGUGAGUCUGUCACUACGGCGGUGAAGAGUGGACCGUCCAAGGGGCAGAAGAGCCAGAAGACUGCGCAGUAG